GCUGCGCCAAAACACGACGAAGCCCGCCCGAGCUAGCUUCGCUCGCAAACAAUGUUGUGACGAUCGCGCGGAAAUGUGCGCCAAGCUUGUGAAAGACGAAGAGUGCGAGGAGGAACUUUGUCGACAAGGUCGACUGCUUUGCGAGCAGCCGCCGCGUGACGUCGGCGAAGAAGAUCAGCGGCAGUCCCCGCACAGCAUCAGAAAGGAGGAGGAGCCAGAGACGCCACACGUGAAAGACGAAGCGCAGGAGGACCAAAUCAGCAAGUUUCCCUCGACUGGCGUCGCGUUGAAGGAUGAAGACGACGACGGAGACCGCUGGGGAGGAUCCCAAGCCGAAGACGACGUAACGUCGCACUCUUCUGAUGAUGACGAUGACGAUGAAGAACACUCCAAAGACGUCGGCGAAGGAGCGCUCCGUCCUGAGCAGCGGGAGCGAGAGCCCCCCCGCGUCGGAGCGGAAGAGGAGCAGGACGAUAUCGGCAAGUUUCCAUUGACUGUCAUUGUGAAGAGCGAAGAUGACGAUGAAGAAGACGGUGACGGAGACCACUGUGGAGGAGACAGCCUCAUAGCGCCACUAUCAGAUAGUGACCACAUAACGCCACACUCGUCUAAUGAUGAUGACGAUGAUGAUGAUGAACAUGCAACAGACGAUAUGACACGUGACACUGACAACCAACAUUUGAAAUGUCCUCAGUGUGACAAGACGUUUUUCCACAAGUCGUCCUUGAGCGCACACGCAAGAGCGCACGCUGGAGAAAAACCUUUUGCUUGCUCAGAUUGUGGUAAAACCUUCUCUGUAAAGAAACAUUUGAAAGUGCACUCGAGGACACACACCGGAGAGAAACCUUUUGCCUGCUCAGUUUGCGGAAAAAGAUUCACCCAGAAGGGACAUUUACAGACGCACACACGAACACACACUGGAGAAAAACCAUUUGCCUGCUCAGUUUGCAGUAACAGCUUCUCUGCAAAAGGACAAUUAAUAUCACACAGAAGAACACACACCGGAGAGAAACCUUUCGCCUGCUCAGUUUGCGGUAAAAGAUUCACUCAAAGACGCACUUUAACAACACACACAAAAACGCACACUGGGGAGAAAACGUUUGCCUGUUCAGUGUGCAACUUAAGUUUUAGCGAACGCUCCAAAUUGGUCGCACACACAAGCACACACACUGCGGAAAAACCUUUUUGCUGCUCAGUUUGCGGGAAAGGAUUCACUCGAAAAUGCUCUUUAACAACGCACACGAGAACACACACCGGGGAGAAACCAUUCAGCUGCAUUGCGUGCGAGAAACGAUUCCAUGAAAAGCGUGAGCUGAAGAGACACAAGUGUGAAGGUGCGAAGAGCUGCCGGCAGUGAAUGAAAUCAAAUAAAAUGGGGAAACCCGACAACCGUUGCCGUCUUCUUGAGCACAAACUUCACAACGGCGAAAUAAAAGAAUGAGAAAUUGUUUUCCGAUGGAUUUAAAAAAAGACACGAUGGUCUUUUUUGGUUUCAUUUUUCCCCUUCACACCUGAACUGCUCGCCAGCCAAUCGCAGGGCACGUAGAAACAAACAACCGUUGCCACUCACAUUCCCGCCGACAGGCACGAGAAAAACUAUUGUGCUGUUAUUUCCACCACUUGUUUAGCCACAGCUACCCUGCAGGGGGCGGUCUGAAGGAAGCGUGGCUGCCACUCUGCGCCUACAGCCCCUUCCGGGGAAACAAAUGCUGGUAAUAUGUCCGUGGUAUUAAAAGUGAAGACCGUUUGCAAUUUAGUUAUUUGAGCCCAAAAACAUUGAAGUCCACCCACUUUGCGGGCCAUAUAAAAUGAUGUGUCGGGCCGGAUCCGGCCCCCGGGCCCUGAGUUUGACCCCGGCGCUCGAGCUGAAGCGAAGAAACUUUGGCACUUUGUGCGAUGAUUUGGAAAACGGGAGUCUGGA